CAGUUAAAAUUUUCAAUUAUUCGAAUAUUUCUUACGUACUAGAAACCAUGUAUUCGCAUAUACUAAUUCUGGAAGAUUGUUUUAGAUAAGAUAAGAUAACAUUUUCAUUCCUUGUACCGAUUCUUACAUUUUUUUCCUUCCUUUUUAAAAAUUUAAUGUCUUUCGUUUAAAUUUCAAUAUUUUUCAAUUGAUUAGAUUGAAUUACAUAAUCCCUUGAUAGACGUGUGCCGAUUAUCAAGCUGAAAAACGAUCGAGGUGUUAUAAUAACAUUUUCAGAUCUGAUUUCAUACGAGACAAGCCGUCUGCAUACGAGAUCAACGGAUCUCUUCCUGUUAAGUACAGGUCACGGAUGAAAGUUGAAUGAAAUGCUGUCAAAAGUGCGGCGUUGCCGAGGUUAAACCACUAUCUGAUCGAAACUGAAACAGUGAGAAUCGGAUCGGAGAGAGGGGAAGAAAAUGUUAACCACGUUGCUCCCGUUGCUGUUGAUCAUCACGGCUGGCGCUGGGACGUGCGCUGGGCUGUGCGUGUUGGAGAACGGAACGAGGGCACGUUGCCAGGCCCUCGACGACAUCAGAUACAUCGAAACGUACGAUCUCGAGCCGCUCAAGGCCCACGUGAGGGAGCCGGUCCUCCGCCCGUCCACGGUAUUCGCCAAUUUCACCGGUCUCCGCCAUCUAGACUUAUCCACCGGCUCUCUCGAGAGAAUAGAGGCGGGCAGCUUCCUACACCUGUCCAACCUGAGGAGCUUGAACCUCUCGAGCAAUCGUAUCCACAAGAUCGAAACAGGCUCCAUGGACGGCCUCGGCCGAUUGCACACCCUCGACCUUAGCAAAAACCGUCUCCGUCACCUGCCCCCCGAACUCGCCCGCCUCAACCGCCUCCAACACCUCGACCUCCGAGGCAACCCCCUUCGCUGCGACUGCGCCACCCUCGGCGCCAGGGACCUGUUGACGAGCAAAGGUGUGGAAUUCCGAGGGAACACGGUAUGCGCCUCCCCUCCCAACUCGAGGAAGGUCCCCCUUCUCGAGCUCGACUCUGCCAUCGUUUGCCGCUUCGAGGAGCAGGAUCUCCUCGGGAUGCAGAACGACCAGCCGAACGAGGAAAGUUUCUACGACAGUUCCGGCGAUUCCUCCGGCAAACGCUUCGACGAGGACGAGAAACAAGAAGAGGAAGAGGAAGAAGAGAAGGAGAGCACGGAGAUCGUGGAGACGACGAUUCGAGCGGAGAGCGAGACGCCGUUCCGCGAGAUCGACGAGCCUCCCCCCGCCUCGACCCCCUUCCUCGAGGAAGUAGAGCCUCCCUCGACCUUAGGAGGCUCCUCGACGGAGCAGGAGAUGGAGCCGUCGAAGAAGACGGCUUUCGCCAGCGACAAGAUACACGAGGACGGACUCUUCUAUCCGACGGAGGGUUCGGGCGCUGUGGACGAGGAGGAGGAGGAGGAGGAAAGGGAGGAGGGGUCGGGGGUGGAGGGCUCGGGCUCGACCUCGACGCUCUCCUCGCGGGGCGGCAAGGAGGAGGGGUUCUCGUUGUUCGACGGCCUGUACAACAUAUUCUGGGGGACGACGGAGGGGGGGGCGACGACGAACGAGGGCCCCGACCUGGAGGAGGAGCAAUUCAUCGACGCGACCAAGGGUAACAAAGAAUUGGAAGAGGAAGAGGAGGAAGAGGAUGAUAAAACCAUCACAACCACAACAACAAUCACCUCCAUCACCACGGAGAUCGUCCUGGUGCCGGGCGUCAAGUUCGUGGACAACUCGAGCAAAUCCGAGGACGUGAAGGAGGUCGGGGAGGGGGACGAGUUGGCGUCGCCCACCAGGCAGUCGAAGAAAGGGAUGGGCUCGUACGUGGUGCUGGCCGCCCUUCUCGCGAUCCUCGCCACCCUGAUCGGCUUCGCCGCGUACAAGGGGGGCUUCUGCAGGAGGAGGAGGAAGCGGGGGGGCGACGUGGAGAACGGGACCGAGUUGAAGGAUAUGCAGAGAGCGUUGCUCGAGACGAGCGCGAGCGCCGGGCCGAGGGCCGGGAAGGUCGCCUCGAACGGGAACGUGGAGAGCGCCCCCCUCGUCGUCGACCAGGACGAGAUCAAGGUAUCGAACGAUUGCCGAGCGGUGGACACGGAGGCGAAGGGGAACGCCGUACCCGAGUGCAGGGUGAGGCCGAGGUCUUCCUCGAGGAGCGGAAGGGACUCGAUCGACGGAACAACGGCGUCGAGGGAGGACGCCGCGGUGGAGGAUCGAAUGCAACUGCAACAACAACCUCCGUUGAGCCCUGGCGCCCAGAGAGUGAAGAUCACGGUCCAAGAGAAUCCUGACAGCGUGCCAAAGACGCCUAUACUCAUCACGAGAACGUCGAACGGUGAGAAUCUAGUCAAGACGCCUUGAGAUCGCCCCUCCCCCCUCCCUCGAGGGUGGAAAACGAGAGGAUGGAUCUGGAAACGACGGAUUUCGGGAAAGGUGAAAGAAGAUUGGGGGGGAGGGCGGAGAGAAAAUUGAAAAAAGAAAGAAGAGGUGCGUUGUGCGAUGUUGAUUGAUCGAGUUGUGUUGCCGCCCAGUGUUCCUAAAAGAAAUGAAAAGGAAAGAAAAAGGGAGAGAGAGAGAGAGAGAGAGAGAAGGAAAGAAGGUUGACACAAUUAUCUAUACUCUUGAUCGAAUUUUUAUGACGUUUUAUAAUAGUGAGUUUCUUCUUCUUCUUCUUCUUUCUCUUGUUGUUGUUACAUCCGAUUAUCCGAGUUUGUGUUCACGAAUUUUUUUUUUGCGCGCUGCUCUCUCUAUCUUCUUCUAUCUUCUUCUUCUUGUCGAGCGAAGAAAGUAUAUAUACGCGCGUACACGUAUAUGCACACACACACACGUGUACGCGCACACGUAUACAGUUUUUUUUACAAGCGACGAUUCGUUUAGUAUUCGGUUACUGAGAGGAAGGAUUCUAUGAAACGCGAUUUCAUUGUACAUAUUUGCGAAUAAUAGAAAUAUAAUAAUAAUAAUAAUAAUAAUAGUUAUUAUUAUUAUUAUUAUUAUUAUGCCGUUUGUUAUAAAGUUUGGAGGAUGGAAAACCUAUUUGAUACUAUUACUACUAUUACCACUACCACUAUUAUUUACCACCAUUACUACCACCAGUAACUAAUUUUAUAUUACAUAUGUAUACGCAAUAUUAGCACACUAGUCAGUCACCUGUUAAGCGGUUAUCCCUUCUCGAACGUCGUCGAAUGGACGUCCGGUUUUACGAUAUAAGUUCCAUUAGAAUCCUCCUGGACUCAACCACCAUUCUUGUUUCGACGUUUAACGACGCUAUAAACGGUGAGAAUCCUCGCCUCUACGCAUUGUCACAAUCGCUCUAAACUUGGUUAAACAUCCGUCUCCGUAAUGUCGUCACGACCGGCUUUUUGUCGUCAGCUCUUUUUUUCUCCCCGAGUUACGCGGAUCGAUAGACGCUCGCGGACGUCUCGCGGAGUCCGAGUUUUUUCUCUUCUUCUUCUUCUUUUUUUUUUCCCUCUCUUUUCUCGAAAGAAGAAGAAGAAGAAGGAAAAAAAAAAGGAAGUUAAUUUAUAUAUACGAAGCAUCGUAUUAUAAUCGUAUUUAUAUACAACGAAUUUCCAUUCCAGAUUUAAUUAUCAUUUCCCUUUUUUUUUCUCGACGAUUGAUUAUUACCAAUCGUCAACGAUGAGUAAAUUUAAGAAUUUAAGCUUAGUUCGUAGAUAGCUCGUUUUAGAGGAGAAUCGAGAAUUUUAAACUUUGAAAUAAAUGAAAAAAUCGUUCGCCUAUAUUCGAAUAUUUUUUAUAAAACUUCCGUUUUAUAAAUUUUAUUAUUAUCCUAUAUAUAUAUAUACAAAAUUCCAAGAAGAUAAAGGAAUAAAUAAUUGUUAGACGCGCCAGAGAGUCUAAUGGAAAAGUAAUUUCCAUUCGUCUCUCUGGUCAUUUCUCUCUCUGCAUAUCUUUUUCCAUGCCAAAUUUCGACAAAAAUCUUUUUCAUCAACACCAAAUGCAAUAUAAAAUAAUCGAUUUUAAACGUUAAUUGAUUAAGAGGAGUAAAAAAAAAAAAAAAAAAAAAUCCCCCCCGAACAAAAAUUGAUUUUUGGACUGUUGCGCGUGUUCUCAUUCGUUCUGUUUCUGCAACGAGUGAAAUCGUCCUCGUCGAUACUGUGAUCAUCGUUGAAAUGAUGGAAAAGAAAGGAGGGGGGAGGAAAUUGUUCGAUCUUUCGUGAUAUCGUCAUACGACAAUCCGUUAAUAUAUCCGCCAUUUUACCUUGUUCCCUAGAUAAAUAAUUUUUUUUUUUUUU